AUGCAGCGUGGUUCAGUUUUUCGUUCAACGUGCUCUUCAACUGGACAACAACGACAGGAGGGAACAUUAAACGCACUGAAUGCGGUGGACGAGUGAGUCUAAAAUUUCGCAUUGUGUUUUUUGAAAGUUUGUAUAUAUUAAUAUCGUACAAUUAUUUUUUUUAAAUUUGUUUUGUUUCAGUCUAUUUGGAUAUCCAAACUCUCCAGAAUAUUCUGAGUCGCAAAUGUCUCCUACCAUUUUUAACGAAGGUAUAAGUCUAUUGCAUGGCUAUUUGCAAUACUAAAUCAAUUUAUAUUAAUUUCCAUAUCAAAGCAAAUUAAGUUGUUUUUUCGGUUAACUAAUGCUAGUCGUUUAAAAUGUUAAAAAAUUAAUUAACAGACAGAUUAAGACGAAAGAGACGCCAUGAAUGCACGGAAAAUGCAGCUGUGUCUAGUACAGGUUUGUGGUGUAGUUCUUUAACUUAUUGCGAAAAUACAUUACACAUUUUUCAAUUUGUUUUCGCCUUGCAGGUCGGCCAAGAAGCCUUAACAGUACAACUGUCAUACACGCUGCAUUACCCGUCGAAACGGCAAGGAUUGAAGGUAAGUUUGAGCUAUUUAAUACAUACGAAACUUCACGAGUACACACGAAACGUUUUUACACUGAAUAUAAUUAAUUUUUCCAAUAUUUAUACUCGCUCAGAUACGCAGGGAAAUGAAUCAACUACAAGCAAUGCUGGCAAUAAUGAUGGUAUAUAAUAUACUUUGAAUUGUUAAAUAAACAUUUUCUUGUGCUAAAGUACAAUAUUUAAAAUUGUACUGUUUUAAUUUAUAGUGUUUUAAUUCACAGCUCUUUAUUUUAGGGGUUUUCCCUUUAAUAGGAGUUUUCCUUUAAUAGGGUGUUAGUCUAAACAAGCUGUUAUUAACCAAUAUACACUGUGCUCUUAUUAAUAAUUAAAAUCUGUUGGCAUAAACAUAGCAAAACAAGGAAAUAGAGUACAUUGCACCAGGGAUGGAUUUACUGAGGGGUGUGCACCCCGCCUAGCCCUGGCCUUGGGGUGCCAUUGUUCAUGAUAAAGCAAAAAUUAUCCGGAGACAAAAUGAGAUUCAGUAAUUUAGUCAUAACAUGAUGAUAAGCAAACUGUGAACAACAAUUACAAUUCAAAUACUGUAGCCAAGCAAGACUUUGCAGUAGUAUUAAGCAUGUUAAUGGAUGGGUAAAGUCACUGGAAAGAUAAUGCCACGUACUCGUAGAAAAAAAAUUUUUCCCUAAAAAGUUGUCUGAGCACCCCCACCCUACCAGAUCAUGCUAGAUCCAUCCCUGCAUUGCACCUUGAAUUCAUUGGGUUAACAUUGAUACAGUGAACAUUUUCUGUCUUUUAAUAACAGUACAAAAUGAGCUAUCAAGCUUACGGAGUGAAGUCCAUUCGCUUCGCAAGCAAAUGAAAGGAAUGGCAGAGAAACAAGACGAACUGCUCAACCUGAUUAAGGCCAUGAAAAGGAACAGCGAUUUAGAGUAUUUUGACCUAAAUGCUGUCAUACUGUAA